CAUGAGGAGCGCUCUGGCGGCGCCCGGCUUUUCUCUGUUGCUGAUUGGCGUGUCGCUCGCCUGUUACUCGCCUAGUCUGCGCUCGGUGCAGGACCAGGCGUACUCGGCGGCCGUGGUGCUGGAGGGCAAAGUGCAAGCGCUGCCAGCGGCAGCGGAUUCUCCGACACCGGCAACGGGCAACUGGAGCAGGGACGAAACGCCGACGUCCGGCAUUCUUGUGAAGGUCCUAGACUUGUGGCCCCUCAACAGCGGUGGGCUCCAGAGGGAGCAGCUCAUCCGCGUGGGCUCCAUGCCGGCGCCCUGCUUCAAAGUCAAGCGUAACCACCGCUACAUCUUCUUCCUGGAGCCCACCGAGCAGCCGCUGGUCUUCAAGACUUCCUUCGCCCCGCUGGACACCAGCGGCAGGAACCUCAAGAAGGACGUGGGCCGGAUCCUGUGCGUCGACUGCGCUGUCGCUCCAAAACUCAAGAAACUAAAGAGCCUAAAUGUAGAAGUUGGAGCAAAGGUUUCUUUGAAAUGUGAGGCAAGCGCUGGAAAUCCCCAGCCAUCCUACAAAUGGUUCAAAGAUGGUAAAGAAAUUAAAAAGAGCAAAGAUAUCAGAAUAAAAUAUGGGAACGGAAAGAAAAUAUCUAGACUUCAGUUCAGCAAAGUGAAAGUUGAAGACACAGGAGAAUACGGUUGUGAAGCAGAGAAUGUCCUGGGAACAGAUAUUGCCACAGGCAGUCUCAUAGUUAGAAGUGUAACCACAACUCUGCCUUCUGGACCUGGACAUACUAGACAAUGCAAUGAAACCGUGAAAUCCUAUUGUGUGAAUGGUGGAGUGUGCUAUUAUAUUGAAGGCAUAAAUCAGCUAUCAUGUAGGUGUCCGAAUGAAUUCACAGGGGACCAGUGUCAGAACUUCGCAAUGGCCAGCUUUUCCAAGCAUCUUGGAUUAGAGUUAAAGGAAGCCGAGGAGCUGUAUCAGAAGAGAGUUUUAACCAUUACUGGGAUUUGUGUUGCAUUGCUUGUUGUUGGAAUAGUAUGUGUAGUAGCUUACUGUAAAACCAAAAAACAGAGAAAUCGGAUGCACAAUCAUUUGCGGCAAAACAUGUGUCCAGCACAUCAGAACAGGAAUCUAGCGAAUGGCCCUAGCCAUCCUCGGCUGGACCCUGAGGAAAUUCAGAUGGCUGAUUAUAUAUCUAAAAAUGUUCCUGCUACUGAGCAUGUCAUAAGAAGAGAAAUAGAGACCACCUUUUCAGGGAGCCAUUCCUGUUCACCAUCACAUCCCUCUUCCACAGGAACUCCAACUUCAAGCCAAAGACAUGAAAGCCACACCUGGAGCUUGGACCGCACAGAAAGCCUCACUUCUGAUUGUCAGUCUGGGAUGAUGUUGUCUUCUGUGGGAACCAGCAAGUGCAACAGUCCUGCCUGUAUGGAAGCUCAUGCUCGACGGGAAGCAUCAUACUCCAUUGAGGAACAGAGGAGGCCAAUGAUGCAGCACAGAGAUUCUGUGGAUUCCCUUCGAGACUCACCACAUAGUGAGAGAUAUGUCUCUGCCUUGACCACCCCAGCACGCCUGUCCCCUGUUGACUUCCAUUGCUCAGCUUCAACCCACAUGCCCACCUUUGAAAUAACUUCUCCUAAUUCUGCUCAUGCUGUCUCACUUCCCCCGGCUGCAUCCAUUAAUUUCCAAGUGGAGGAGCAACAGCCAUUGCUAAGAAGGUACCAAGCCCCCUGUCAAGAUACACAGAGGUAUGAUACUUACUACCAAAGAAGGAACUAUCUGAAUGAGAGCACAGGGAGCUUGCCCUCCAGUCCCUUCCGCAUUACAGAGGAUGAUGAAUACGAGACAACCCAUGAGUACAUCACUGCACUAGAACAGCCAAAGAGAACAGGCAGCGGCAACAGGCGGUGGAGGAGAUCUAAACUGAAUGGCCACCUGUCUCACAGAGGCAGAAUGCUUAGAGAUUCCUUUUCAGUCAGCAGCGCCUCAUACAGUGAGUCUGAUGAGGAGCUGAUAGCUGAGAGCACCCCUUUCUUAAGCAAUCGGAACAUGGAGGCAAUGGACACAGAUUUGUACUGCUCAGCUGACAACAGAACUUUCUCUUCUUUCAGCAGAUUCAACGCACAGGGUGAAAGCCAACAAACACACACAAGAUCCAGCCAAGGUUUUGCACCACCUUAGGUGUUACACACUCUUCCUCAUGUCCACUUCCAUGAAUACAUCAGUGCUGAGGAAGAUGACAUGACAGAAAAGACAAAUUUUUAUUUUAUAUAAAAAAAUGCAAAAAUAUAACAAAUGAAAUGUUUUAUUUUCAUUUUAGCAAUGAUGUCUUAUAAGAGCUAAUGGCAAAGACCUUUUUGUAAGGAAUCUAUUUAUAUGUAACAUCUUGAUUUACAGCUUCUCAGAAAAACAUAAACUAACAAAAACAUUUUAAAAGAUGGGCCAAUUUUUGACUACAAAUCAUUAAAAAAUAUUGUGGUGCCUUUUUGCUGUAUGUGAAUGCCAGAGUCCACACUGAAUAUUAUGUUUAAACAUUCUUGAAACACAGGCUUUAUGUUCAGGAUAAUUUGUUAUAAAAUAUUCCAGUCAGCAUUUUUCCAUUUGAACAGUACCCUUUUAAAUUCCUCGAUACCUAAAGAUUAAUUAUCUAGUGUUGCUAAAGUAACAUGCUCUCGGUCUUUCCCAUUUCCUUUCCCUCCUGCACAUGUGCGCAUAGACGUAUGUUUCAAUGUUUUUAUAAAUAUUUUUCCCUAGCAGGGAAAAUAUUACAUACUGAUAAGUAAAAAUUGGUUUCUCUGAUAAGGCAAACAAUAAACAAAAAAAUGGGUGGAGAAGAAAGGAAAGAGGAUUACACAGUAUCUAUAGCCCUUCCAAUGUAUUUCUGAUCCUCAAGAGGUCUCUGAUCAAGAUACCACUACCACCCACAAAACCAAACAUUGCAAAUCAUUAAAUAAUACUAGUUCAAGUAAUGCUGCUCCUAAAAUCUGUUUUGACACCAUUUCUAGAGAUAACCUUUAGCUGUUUAGUAAUGAUACAAGCCACUGCUGUGCAUGCACAGAACAAAAAUGUCCUCCAAAUUCUGACCACAGUUUGAUCAUCAAAAAAACAUGAUCCUCCAUCAUGGAACAUACAAGACAUACAAGGUGCUGUUGAGAAAGGGUUUCAAAAGCCUCCAGUGAUCUAGAUGUCUCUUAAGUAUGCCAUCAAGUUCUAUCCCUCCUUUCUUGUUCCUUCUCCUGAGAUAGUGCCACCAGCAUGCUAACCUUGCCUCAGUCUUCUUCCCAUGGAAAGAAACAUCAAAGACAAUGCUGUUUUGUGUGCUCCAUUUUGUAAAGAUGGUUGUAAAUGUAACAUUUGAGCAUUUCACAAGAACUUUCCAUUUAAAAAUAAAGCCACCAGGUAUCCUGGUUGAUGAGCUAAAGAACUUUCUGGUUGUAGGUGGCAAGAAAACUUCCCUGAAACAGAGAAAAUGGCUCUUUUCAGUUUCCUGUGGAGCCUCUUUUUGACAUUAAGGCCUGCCUCUUUCGUUCUCUAUUUUCACUUUGCAUGUCCUUUGCAUUUCAAAUACUAUAAAUUGGAUGCAUGGAGAACCUAGAACUGAAAAGACAAAAUACAGUUGCCAGUGUAUUCAUUUACUUUUUAGCAAUAAAGUAUUUUAAAUCCUUUGUUCCUAAUGCCUAACAAGGUCCAGUAGAAAAGCUGCUACUUUGUCAUAAAAAAGAUUGUAAAAUUUUGCUCUGGAUUGUCUGGAUGUUAGAACUCUUGACUGUUUAACACUUGAAUUUUUUUAACACUAUAAAUAAAAAUAAGAAAUGGCUACAAUGAUUAUAAAAUCAAUUUUACAUUUGGUGGUGAGAGAGGAGAUAGAAUGAGGGUAAUCACAAAUUAUUCAUGUUACUGGGAAUCUCACUUUGGAUGCCUGAUUUUUUUAAGCUAAAAUGAUCAUCUGAUUAACCCAACUGAGUCCAGACCCAUCAAUAAAUAUUUAAGUGUAGAUAA